AUGAAAGAAGUUAUCGACCAUGAGGAGCGGGAUAUUAUCCCCGACCGAUCAAUAUUCCGUCCGGAGCCUCCAUUCGCAAAGUACAUCCCUGGGGGAUAUUCUCCAGAAAGAUGUAUGAGUCUGCAGGGCAAAGCGAUGACCUAUGCGAUUUUUCUUUUCUCAGGCUGCGCCAUCUUGUUUUUCGGGUAUGACACAGCUGUGAUGAGCCAGGUUAAUGAUAAUGAUGACUACCUAAAUACAAUGGGGGUUGCAGGCGGCAGCGACCGCGACGCAGCAGCAAUUGGUGGCCUAGUUUCUUUGUGGUUUGGUGGAUUUGCGAUUGGUGCCUUGAUCGUGGGGUAUAUCGCAGAUUCAAUUGGAAGAUUAAAGACCAUUCAAUUGGGAUGUAUAUGGGGGAUUUUUGGCGCUGCAUUGCUUGCUUCUGCGCAGAAUAUCACCUGGUUCUCCUUUGCUAGAGUGAUUAGCGGAGUUGGAUGUGGACAUCUGAACACCAUGGUCCCUGUCUGGACAUCAGAGCUGGCAGAUCCUCACCUCCGGGGUGCUUUUGUCGCGGUUCAGUUUACCCUAGCUAUGGUAGGCUCAACCGUGGCUUAUUGGAUGGAGUUUGGCUGUACCAAGACGCAGUCAUUGUCUUUCUCCUGGCGCUUACCCUUGGGGUUUCAAAUCGUCUUUCUCAUUUUUAUUCUGAUCGCCGCACCUUUUUAUCCAGAAUCACCACGGCACUUAGCAAAGAUCGGUGAUCUAGAAGGCGCACGUUCUGUGCUAGAAAAAUGCCGAGUAGAAACAGAUGAGCAAGCAAUUGAGACAGAGAUGGAAGAGAUAGUGGCUGCCAUUCGAGCUGAAGCAACAUCUACUUCGCAUAGCUUCUAUAGUAUGUUGUUCACGAAGGACAAACUGCAUACCCGACGGCGAGUGAUUAUUGGGUCCGGCGUUCAGGUCAUGCAAAAGCUGACAGGAAUUGAUUUCAUUGCUGUCUAUGCCCCCGAUAUGUUUGCGCUAUCUGGAUUUAAAGGAGACAAACCCGCCUUACUUGCGGGAGGGAAUUGGUUUGGCUAUAUCGCGAGCUUAGCUCUUUCAAUCUACCUGUGCGACCGGGUUGGUCGACGCAAAUUGAUGCUCACAGGAUGCCUUUUGAUGGGAAUCGUAUUGAUCGUCGGCGGAAUACUAUCCCAUGAAACUAUAUCCCACACUGCUAGUGGCAAUCCAGCAUUGGCCAACAAAUUUGGUUCUGGAGUUGCCGCCAUUCUAUACAUCUAUACAUUUAUUUAUGGGAGCACGUGGCUAACAACUUGCUGGGUCUAUCCGACCGAAGUCUUUCCUUUAGCCAGCCGAAGCAAGGGCGCUGCGCUAGCUACAUUUUCAUUCUCCAUUGCUGGUGGUACAAUCAACAUGAUUAUCCCUUAUCUAAUUGAUGCAAUUGGAUUUUGGGUAUUCAUCCUAUUUGCAUUGAUCAAUUUGGCCCUUUUAGUUCCCAUUUAUCUUUUCUAUGUUGAAACUGCCAAUCGUCACCUUGAGCAACUCGAUACUUUGUUUUCGAGUGAUAGUUGCUUGUCAUGGAGAGCUGAGAUGUAUUUCAACCAAAAGAUGAACGAGCAAGGUGGCAUACUGGGACAAGACCAUGAAAAGGGUACUGUUGAGCAAGUGGAGUGA